AUGGCGGCAGUGACCGGAAUCCCUGUGAAUGACGUGAACGAUCACAAGGAGUUGGCUGUAGAGCUUUCCUCAAGUCCAGGCACACGUAUCAACCUACACCUCACCACUUACGCUACCUCACUCCUGCUCUUUGUUGCAACGACCACCAUAGAUAGUGGUGAUGGCAUUGCUCCGCUGGGUAGUUUCGUCUACGCUAUGCCUGAUAGAUACAAUCCUACCCAGCCAAUGAGCACAGCCUUAUAUACAGUCCCGUCUACGUUAGAUUUCGCGACUCGCCUAGCCAAAGUCCUUGCACGAAGACUCAAGAUUCCCUGCUACGUAGGUGGCGGCAUCAAUUUGUCCAAUGCCGCUGGUGGUGGCACGGUCGAAGAAGAGACCGAGGCUUUCCGGGCGAUUGUGGACGCAGUGGUCGCGCAGCACGGAGCAUAG